AUGUUCGUCCCCCUGGAGGCGCUGGAGGACUUGGGUGUCCGUGUGGUCCUAACCUCCGUCCCUCCCUUCCAGCGCUGUAACAAGGGCAAGCUUCGUUUUCUCUCUCCCUUACAGUGGGACCUGGUGUGUGACUCCCGGCAGCUGAAGCAGAUGGCUCAGUCCAUCUUUAUGACUGGGAUUCUGGUGGGAGGCAUCAUCUUUGGAGGUCUGUCAGACAGGUUUGGCCGCAGGUCUCCCUUGAUCUGGUGCUAUUUGCAGAUGGCUGUCACAGGCACCUGCACUGCCUUCUCGCCCAGCUUCACUGCCUACUGCAUCUUCCGCUUCCUGACUGGAAUGGCCUUCUCAGGCAUUAUGAUGAACAGUGUCUCUCUGUCUGUGGAAUGGACACCUACCCGCACACGGGCUGUUGUGGUCACCAUGUUUGGAUACUGCUACACAAUUGGGCAGUUCAUUCUGGCUGGGGUGGCUUACGCCAUCCCCAAUUGGUGCUGGCUGCAGCUUGUGGUGUCUUUGCCCUAUUUCAUCAGCUUCAUCUACUCCUGGUGGUUCGCGGAGUCCGCCCGCUGGCUGGUAAUAGCCGGCAGACCGGACGAGGCAGUGAAGCAGCUCCAGAGAGUGGCCAGGAUAAACCGGAAGAAGGAAGAAGGAGACAAACUUAACACAGAGGUCUUGAGAUCCAACAUGCUGAAAGAAAUAGCCUCUGCAAAGAGCAGCUAUACCUUCAUCGACCUGGUGCGGACCCCUGUCGUACGCCGGAUCUCCUUCUGCCUCUGCUUUGUAUGGUUCUCCACCAGCUUUGCCUAUUACGGGUUGGCCAUGGACCUUCAGAAUUUCGGUGUCAAUAUCGUCUUGAUCCAGCUGGUCUUUGGAGCUAUUGAUUUCCCAGCAAAAUUCAUCUCAGUCCUCACAAUCGGCUUCAUCGGGCGCCGGUUCACACAGGCCUUGACCCUCAUCCUGGCUGGACUCUCUAUCCUAGCCAACAUCUUUGUGCCACAAGAUCUGAAGAUCCUGCGCACCGUUCUGGCUGUCGUUGGAAAAGGCUGUCUUGCUGCCUCCUUUAACUGUGUCUACCUCUACACGAGUGAGCUGUACCCCACAGUGAUUAGGUAUGUAGAAAAAACUCAGAGGGUGCAGCUCAAACUUCACAUGCAGCCCCAUGGAACAGCAAAAGACCAGAGCCAAGUGACUAGUGAUUAG